CUAAUGUCAUUUUGGUCACUUGUCUGGUGUCAUUCCUUUUGCUAGCAUUUUCUUGGUACCAGAAUUUGUGUUAUGUCUGAAAAUCAGCCUAGAACGUGUGGUGCUUGCCCAAAUCGAGGGACGUAUUACAAGGCAAACGAAAAUACAGAUCAUUUAGAGAAAAGUACGGUUCCCAAGCCAGAAUUGGUAUACCAAAACCGCACAACUCUAGAGGAACAUCAUCACGGAGUCCCAAAGACAAACUUUCCACCGGAUCUGACUGUUUCCCCUGAAAAAUCUGCAGGAGAUGGCUGUUGUUCAGGAUGCAACAACAAGAAAGUAGAUCAAGAAGAGCCUUGCCCCGAUAAUCCUUAUGCUAUGGAAAAAUGUCGAGAAAAACAGCCUGUGCAAAUUAACCGAAGUCCGCAUGUAUCCGUUCCAAAUGAUUACAAACAGAACGAGCAAAUGCAUCUUUCAAGUAACCCAAAAGCGGAAACAACGGGCCCUUGUUAUUUGCCGCACCCGGAAGACGAUAUGCCGAAGGCUACUGAAGCUUCUAUGGGACCGAUAGGUCCUUGGGCAACGGGUCGAGUCGACUGGAGCCCGAUUUCGGGAAUGACUGGUACCCGACCCAUCGUCGAUAAGUACUCCAUUACUAGAUACAGCGAGGGGGAAUGGAGACGGAAAAAUAAAGAAGUCCUCGAUUCUGCAAAAGAUGCACAACACCGAGCCAAUUUGGUGGAUUGGAAUGGACGCCGGUGUUUAGAGCAAACCAGAGCAGAUGUGGACAAAAACCAAGAGGAUAGUACCAAAAGGCUGACCCAACGUUCUCAGGACCUUCACAGGUGGAAGUGCGAACUAGAGAUGGCAAUCGCGGCGGCCGCCGAGGAAAUUGGUUUCUUGGAAGCGGACCGGAGGCGUUUAAAAACCGCAGCCGCCGUUCUAACAAUGCCCGAAUCCAUAGCUGGCGAGUGUCUGGAACGGCGAACUGGGCGAGUGGACACGGAACUGGUCCGGGAUGAGGUGGAAGAGGAACUUAUAAAAGAAUUAGCACUGAUUGCCGAGAUUAGGGAAACGUUCGCUCGUACAUUGAAAGAUGUGGAAAUGCAAUUGUUAGAGGAUAAGACAGCGAAACAGAGACUCGAGUACGAUUGGAGCGAUAAAACUGUUACACAUCAAAUCGAAGCCGUUAAUUGCGCUUUAAAUAAUAGAUCAAAUAUUAUGUUAUUCAAACCUGGUUCGACAAUAUUUCCCGACGAUCAGUCUUCGAAGGAACAUUGGGAACAUUUUACCAGAGAAACAUUACAAGAGGGCGAAGCUACGCGCCAAAGAUCGAUUACUUUGCGCGGAACUUUGGAUGCCAUCUUAAUCAAUGCGUCCAAAGAUUUACGUGCCCAAGCAGAUCGUGUUGACUUAGCGUUGUCAAGACGUAACGCUUGUAACGAGCAAAUACGAAUCGCGCUUGAAAACGAGUUAAAGAAUAUAUUACAGCGACUGGCUGAUGUCGAAGACAUGAUUAAAAGUCUUCGCGAUCAGAUCAGAAGAAUGGACAUUCCAAUGAAGAAAGCACAAACGCGUUUGGAUAACAGGUUGCAGCGCCCACGCGUGGAAAAUUGCAGAGACGACGCUCAUUAUGGAUUGAUUGAAGAAGUGAAGACAAUUGGAGAAAACGUUAGCGCGCUAUCUGCCCAAUUAAAAAUAGCCGAAGCAAAUCAAGCCGAACUUAUUAAAACGAGAGGCGUUUUGGAGAAGGAAAUAAUAGCUAAGAGGAAAACUUUGGAAAUUGACAAAAUGAGAGCGCAAUUGAUACGUUCGCAUUAUCCGUCAGCUACUGCCCUUACUGGGCAUUAAUUAUUUGCAUUUAGGUACUAAUAAAGAAAUUAGC